AUCCCCCUGUAUAGUGAGAGAGAUAAGAGUCGCCUAAAGAAAUGUCACUCAUCGAUAGUGAGACUUCCAGUCGUUCUUUGGCUCAACUGGAAGUUAGUUUGCCGAUCAUCUUUGGAUGCACAGCAAACUCUCCUGUUUCUUUUAACAUGUGGUUGUAAAUUUUAUUGUAUUAAUUCGAAUGUGCAAAGACGAUGGUUUUUUUAAUUUUGUGAUUAUGCUAGUUUUAUCCAAAGAUUGUUGUUGUUUUUGUCAAUUCCAACAUUUGGAAUCUACUAGAGAGGCUGUGCGUACAAUCAAAUGCCAAAUAGGACAAGUACUUUUUUCAAUCCCGGUGACGAUAACAGAUUAUGGUUCCUAAUUUCAUCCUCCUAAUUUUAUCUGUCUCAGUUAUCUUAUUCUUGUGUCCACAGACUACAGCGGCAGGUUUAUGGGUCUGCAAACCUUGCAAAGACGAAGCAGAGUGCAACGCGGACCCUGAGGAAGUCUGCGUGUGGGGAGAAGCAAGAAACGCAUGCUUUAGAAGAGUAUGUGCAAAGGGACCUGGAGAAAGAUGUGGUGGACCCCUCGACAUCCUCGGCCAGUGUGGUGAGGGUAUGAUGUGUAGCAAGAAGGACGAAAGGUGCCACGGCUGCUCUCUUCAGACCAUGCAGUGCUACAACAGUGCUGGCAGUAGUUAGGAACAAUUAUUGUGAUCUCGAAAACUCCAUUAUCAGUAUUACUUGUCGUUUCCAGUUAACUGACAAUGACAA